AUAUUUAAAACUUUUAUACUAAUAAAUAAACAAUGCAAAUACAAUGUAUCCGAAUCUCUUUUUUGUAAUAUAAUUUGUCUUAAUUGGAUUUUUUUUACUUUUAGAGUUAUUUUUAUUGAACCUAGAUUAUGAUUUCAACUUUCUAUGUGUAUUUUUUUUUAGUAUAUAUAGACCUCAAUAUGCAGCCUCUAAAUCAUCUCUCUCAAAUAUAUUAUACCGUAGAAACGUUUUUUUCUCUGUUUCAUUUGAGGGUGAUAAAAAAAUGGUGGGUUCUGAGUCCAACCAACAACUUGAGCUUACUCUAAGCCUUAAGCCCUCUUAUGUCCCCCAAACUCUCACCAGUCUUCUAAGCGAUCUAGCCAAAAUCGAUGAUGUUGAAAAGAAAAUAUCUAUUUUGAAUGAUUAUUUGAAAAAGUAUGAAGAAGAACUCUCUCAGAUCAAAGAUCUGAGAUAUGACGUUCCCCAAUGCAUGCUUCUCCUUAUGGACGCGAUUGAAAUCGUAAAGGAUGAAAUUACUAAGACAACAAUGAGGAAAGUUGUUUAUGAUGAUCAAGAUAUAUCUGUAUUAUAUGAUUAUAAUCAUCAUCUUGAUGGCCAUAAACUGAAGAGGCGAGUUUCUGAGUUUCUUACAAGUAAAAAAGAGACUUACCAGAAUGACUACCGUAAUGAUGAGAUACAAAUGAAGGAUAUCAUCAUUAAUAAUACCAUUAAUAAGAAUAAUGUACCGAAAAAUAAAUACAUAUGUAACGGUUUAAGUAUUCAGAAGGACAAAUCCAAUAUUUUAACUGAGGCGAGCAGCUUUGUUCCAUGGAACCCUUAUCAAGACCAUCUCUUUACAACUCAUGAGUCAUCCAAUCACGAUAAAAGGAUGGUAGAGAUAGAUAAUACAAGGAAAAAUAUAAAUGACAAUGAUGGUCAAGAUGAGCCGAUGUCAAAUAUAAUACAUAAAAGAACGGUGAAAGAGAACGAUAAGAAUAAUGAGAAAAGAGAAAGAUCGAAUGAUAUCGAUGAAAAUAUGUCGAAAUUGAGGAGAUGUGGUAGUGUAAUAAAAGAGAUGAAUGAGAUGAUUCAUGGGGGAGGAGUAAUGUUGCAGGCAGAGCAAGAAUUACUUUUGGAUAGCAAUUGGAAGGGUACUACUAUAACUAGGAGAACUUGGACACCUCCUCUUCAUUUGAAAUUUCUUCAAGCUUUGGAUGUCCUUGGAGGGCACGAAGUUGCCACACCGAAACAGAUUAAGGAGCAAAUGAAAGUGGAAAACCUCACUAACGACCAAGUUAAGAGCCAUCUUCAGAAGUAUAGACUUCACCUGAAAAGUUUUCCUCCGGCUCCGGUUACUCCUCCGAAUCAAAUCGGCGGCGACUCAGAUUAUCAUCCAGAACUUCCGAGUCCGAAUCAAAUCAACGGUGAGUCAGAUUAUCAUCCAGUCCUUCCUGGAUCAGAUAACUGGUUCAGUUCAAGCUCUGCUGAUGCCAACAUAACCGAAGGAAUAGCUGGAACCAGUGGCGGCGCCGCCUCAUCCUCCGCCACUACCGUCGAGAAUGAGAACGAAGGAAGCGACGUCGUUAAUGAAGCUGACGACAGUUUCGGUGGAUGGUUUGCUCAAGGCUGAAUCACUGGGCCAACAUGAUGGGCCUAUUGGGCCGAGAUCGUGCUGUGUAAUAAGUGGGCUGGCCCACAUGACUUUCUUAUUUUAUCAAUAAAAAACUUUUUAGUUUUGUUUUCUUAUUUCAACUUCAAUCAAAUUUCUUAUUUUCUCUUU